CACAACACAUCUCUUCUAUCUCCUCUCUUCUCUCCCUUCCGUUUCCCUCCCAGAAAAAAAAAAACAUAAUCCAACAAAAACCCACCAUUCAGGGAUUCGGAAUUCGUGAUUCUCUUUGCAAAACCGCAGCAGCAGGAGCAGCUACUUUUCUGAGUUCCAAGUAAGAAACUUUUCUUCUGUUUGGCUUAUGGGUUUUCUUUCUCUUCAUACAGAGGAUCGCUGUGGAUUGUUAAUUUAGGCAUUGGGUCCCUUUUUAAUUUGGUGGGUCCUUAAAUUUAUGUUCUCUUGGUUAUCAACCAAACUUUACUCGGUCUCAAUUUCUCUUCUUCUUUUUGUAUUGGAUUUUGGUUUCACCAUUAUCUAAUGUUCUGCUACAUCAUUCAACGAGAAAACACAAUGAAGAUGUGCUGCAUUGUUGGGUAAUAUAUAUAUGUAGCAUAUACUAAUGGUACACAAUAGAUAAAUCAAUUAUGGUUUGCAUCAAACAGAUGGCUGGUUCGUUUACUCCGACGGCUGGUUCCUACAAGCCCAAGAACAUCCUCAUAACCGGAGCAGCCGGCUUCAUUGCAUCCCACGUCUGCAACCGCCUCAUCCGCACCUACCCGGACUACAAGAUCGUCGUCCUCGACAAGCUCGACUACUGCUCCAACAUAAACAACCUCAACCCCUCGCGCCACUCCUCGUCCCCAGGCAACUUCAAGUUCAUCAAGGGAGACAUCGGCAGCGCGGACCUCGUCAACUUCAUCCUCCUCACCGAGUCCAUCGACACCAUCAUGCACUUCGCGGCCCAGACCCACGUCGACAACUCCUUCGGCAACAGCUUCGAGUUCACCAAGAACAACAUCUACGGCACCCACGUCCUCCUGGAGGCCUGCAAGCUGAUGAAGGAUCAAGUCAAGAGAUUCAUCCACGUCAGCACCGACGAGGUCUACGGGGAGACUGACGAGGACGCCGUCGUGGGGAACCACGAGGCCUCCCAGCUGCUCCCCACAAACCCUUACUCUGCCACCAAGGCCGGGGCAGAGAUGCUGGUCAUGGCGUACGGCAGGUCGUAUGGCCUGCCGGUUAUCACUACAAGAGGUAACAAUGUCUAUGGUCCCAAUCAGUUCCCCGAGAAGCUGAUCCCAAAAUUCAUCCUCCUGGCUAUGAUGGGGAAGCCCCUCCCCAUCCACGGGGACGGAUCCAACGUCAGGAGCUACCUGUACUGCGAGGAUGUCGCCGAGGCUUUUGAGGUUGUGCUCCACAUGGGUGAAGUUGGGCAUGUGUACAACAUUGGGACGAAGAAGGAGAGGAGGGUGAUCGAUGUGGCUAGUGACAUUUGCAAGCUGUUUGGGCUGAAUCCUGAGGAACAGAUCAAAUUUGUGGAGAACAGGCCGUUUAACGACCAGCGGUACUACUUGGAUGAUCAGAAACUCAAGAACUUGGGGUGGUGCGAGAGGACGAAUUGGGAGGAAGGGCUCAGGAAGACGAUGGAGUGGUAUAGGGCGAACCCCGAUUUCUGGGGCGAUGUGUCUGGGGCCCUGCUCCCGCACCCAAGGAUGCUCAUGUUCCCCGGAAUGGAGAAGAGUUAUGAUCCACGAACCAUGAGCACGGAUGACGGUACUUCUGCUACUGAUCAGCAAACUGAAAUUGUGGUUCCAGCUCCUCCUCCUGCUUCCGCGAACAACGGGUCGUUGCUCAAGCUGAAGAAGGAGACUCUGCUCGAGUUUGCCUUCGAGCCCAAGAAAAAGGCUUAUUGAUUUGGUGGAUGAUUUGGGGUGGCGGUGGUGGUGGUGGAUUGGAUCUCUUCUUUGUGUUCUCUUCUCUCAUAUGGGUUUUCAAGUUUGAUUUCUUCUUGUUGUUUCAAUUUUUCUUCUUGUUCUUUCUUUCUGUGUCAUCCAACAUUCAUUUCAUCGAGAGGCUUCUUCAUACAGAACAGAGGUUAGGUGGGUGGCAGCCAGGGUGGGUAUACUUUCAUCAGGUUUUGCAGCAAAAAUGGAGAGUGUAUUUCCCUCGCCACCACCUUCCAAGACAAUACGUGAUAUUUGUAUCUCAAAUUAUAUACAACACCUUUGAUGAAUAAAGUUCGUUAUUUUCCAUGCGUUGCAGAAAAACAAAGGGUCGAGAAUUUACCAGUGUUCACUGUUCAUGAUUUAUCCUGUUUACUGAUUUUCAAACAAAAAAAAAACAUUACUUUAGCCUUGCAAAAACUUUAGGGUCUAGAUUAAUGUAUUUCGUUGAAGAUCUUGUUUAUUUGUUUAGAGAAUAACUAUUCUAUGGUCCGAGGCACCAAUAUCAUGCUAUGUCACUUGUUUCUGAUCCUAGGAAAGGAAAGUAGGGAUGACAAAAAUAAUCAUAUUCGUGAAUACCUAUGAGCAUCCAAUUUAAUUGGGUAGCGUCAAAUUUGAAUCCGAAGAAUUCUUUACGGGAAUGGGUAAAAUCCAAAUCCGGAUAUUGCAGGUGAAGGGUAGGGGCAUGGUUUGCUUACUAUCCAAACCAAACUCGGUUGAUUAUAUGCAUGCAUAUUGUAUUUUGUUUAAAAGUAUCGUUAUUUUUCUCAACAUAUUUUAUAUGUAUUAUACAUAUACAAUAUUUACAUGAAAUUGUAUUGUUUCUAACUAAUUUUCUUUGUUCUAGAAAUUUAUUUUCUGCAUUCAAGGCAAACUCAACAUAUUCUUUGUAAAUUUUCACUUAGGGUUUUCCUACUAUGUGACCCGAAUCUGUCAGAGAAUAGAUGCAUAUGUACCUGUUAUAUAAAUCAUGAUUGUCAACAUAUUAUUAUGCAUUCAGAGUGUAUAUAUAUAUAUUAAUGAAUUUGUGUUCCUUUUAUAUUAUUUCUCCUAACAUUGAUGACUUGUAAUUAUAACUUUUUUACUUUGAUAAUGUGAAUAUGCUCACAAAUAGUAACACAUUAGAUGAAAUAACAAAUCGAAAACUAUUAUUUGUAUAGAUAUGGAUAUUAAAAAAUAUUUUUAAUUUACUACUCGAACUUUGUAUAGAUAUAGAUAUUAAAAGAACAUCGAACUAGCUAAUUAUAUUAGAGUAACGGAUAUCCACUGUACAUCCUCAAACCCGACCGCUGCCAUUCCUAAUAAUAAACAAGUGCACCCGAAAGCUGUGGAUAAGCACAAGCUGUAUCUCCACUUGAAAUAUGGACGUGAACAAUCAGUAAGCAUAUCAGGAGAUGUCAAAAUAUGCAGAUAACGAUGCAGUUGCAUUGGAAGCGAUGAGUUUGGCACCUGCCCCAGUCUGAAUGUUUUAGAUUAUCUACUGCAAACUGCAAGUGGGAAAAAAAAAAAAAAACUCCCACUAACUCAGAUGUCGGCAUAUGCAGAAUAUCUACUGGGAUCAGCAUUGUCAGGACAACCCAGAUCAAUGACAGCAGGGUCACUAUGAAGGCUCAACAAAGAAAGCAGAAGAGGAAUCUUGCUUGGACUCCCCCACAGGAUGGCUGGAUGAUGGUCAAUACGGAUGGAUCAGUGAAAUCAGAAGAGGAGAGCUUAGCUGAAAGCAGGACUUGCAAUGACGUGACAGAAGGGCUUCAGGAAGGUUUGCCUCUGCAUGGACUCAACCACAACAAUCAAUAUCAUCAGGAAUUGUCAUGGUGUGGAUCAUCAACAUGGGUUAAUCACUAUGGAAAUUAAACGUCUAUUGCCAC